ACGGACCAGGCAACCUGCAGGAAAUGCUGAAGCGGCGCACAUGAGAAUCGUUUAAAAACGACUAGACGUUUGCCUUAUAUCUCGGAUCACACAAUAAACUCGCAUCGAUGAUGGACCUGGGAGAAGUCAAAGUCGGUGUAAAUGUGGACAUCCAGCGCACUGACGGGCGAGUCCACUCAGCCGUGGUCAGUGGGGUAAAUGCCGAGAUGAGUGUUGUGACUGUGGAAUGGUUUGAGCGAGGUGAAACUAAGGGGAAAGAGAUUGAGCUAGAGGCCAUCUUCCAGCUGAAUCCAGAACUGAUACCAAAGGAACCAGCAAGGGAAGUAACUACAUCCAAGAAAAGUUCUGAUUUAAUGAUAUGUAUGUGUGUCAAGGAAGGUAAUGGUACGGUAUGUGUGGAGGACCGUGAUGGGCAGGAGGGUUCUGAAAAUGGGGUAGAUGAUGAUGACAUUGACGAGGAAGCUGAGGAGAAUGAUAACAGUACCAAUUGUCGUUACCAAGCUGGCGGGGCGAGCAGCAAUGGCCGCACCGGGGCCAAGAGCAACACAACCAGCAGAGAAAGUUCAAGACAAGGGAAGCAAGUGUCCUCUGCUCGCUCCAGACCUAGCUAUGUACAGAAACCACAGCAGAAUGGACAGGUGGAAAACUCCAUUUCCGCUCAAGACUUCAAGAAACCUCAGUCUGCGCAGGCUCCUUCCAUGCAAGGCCGGCGGAAAUCCAACUGUGUGAAGGAAGUGGAGAGGAUAAAACAGCGACGAGAAGAAAGGCGGGCGGCCCAAGUGGCCAUACGAGAAGUCAACGAGACAGAAUACGACACAUCGCAGCCUAACUGGGAAUUUGGGGCAAUGAUAAAUCAGUAUAGGGGGAAUCUAGAGUAUCGACCUAUAACAGCCUCGGACCCCAUAGAAGAUCACCAAAUUUGUGUGUGUGUGAGAAAGAGGCCACUAAGCAAAAAAGAAACAAACAGAAAAGAGACAGACGUUGUGACAGUGCCAAAUAAGGACAAUGUGAUUGUCCAUGAACCCAGAACCAAAGUCGACCUUACCAAAUACUUGGAAAACCAACAGUUCAGAUUUGAUUACGCUUUUGAUGAGAAUGUGAAAAAUGAGGUUGUUUACAGAUAUACAGCAAAGCCUUUGGUAGACUGUAUAUUUGAGAAGGGGAUGGCUACAUGCUUUGCUUAUGGCCAAACAGGAAGUGGGAAAACACAUACAAUGGGAGGGGAUUUUUCAGGGAAGGGACAACAAGACUGCACAAAAGGAAUCUACUUUCUGGCGGCCAGGGAUGUCUUUCGCCUUCUUCAUUCUAAAUAUAAGAAAUUGGACCUAAAUGUGGGGGCAAGCUUCUUUGAAAUAUAUAGUGGAAAGGUAUUUGACCUCCUGAACAAAAAACAGAAGUUGCGAGUGCUGGAAGACGGGAAGCAGCAGGUUCAGGUGGUAGGGCUGAAGGAGGAGACGGUGGAGUGUGUGGAGGAUGUGAUAGGUCUUAUACAGCACGGCAACAAUGUUAGAACUUCAGGAACAACCUCUGCUAAUAUGCAUUCAUCUAGAUCCCAUGCUGUUUUCCAAAUCAUACUAAGACGGAGGAAUACAAAGAAACUCUAUGGGAAGUUUUCUCUGAUAGAUUUAGCAGGUAAUGAGCGUGGGGCUGACACCUCCAGUGAUGAUCGACAGACUAGGAUGGAAGGGGCAGAGAUCAAUAAAAGUCUGCUGGCACUCAAGGAGUGCAUCCGUGCUCUGGGAAGGAAGGGAGCCCAUUUGCCAUUCCGUGUGAGCAAACUUACACAGGUGUUGAGGGACUCCUUUAUUGGUGACAACUCAAGGACUUGUAUGAUCGCCAUGAUAUCACCUGGUAUGAACUCCUGUGAACACACACUCAACACUCUGCGGUAUGCAGACAGGGUGAAGGAGCUUGGACCUGGGGGACCAGUGGAAGGGAAGCCAGCAGAUGUAGCCCCUCCUAACAAUGUCGAUAUUGGGACCAUGUCUCCGCAGAACAGCGACUUGGCAAUGCUGAAAACAUCAAAUCAAGAGGAGGUGUCUGAUGAACUGCUGACAUUUCACGAGGCUGUCAAUCACAUGCAGGAGUUAGAGGAGCAGGUGGUGGACAGCCACCGCAGUUUGCUUGAGCAAUCUCAAAAGUGGUUAGCUGAGGACCGAAAACUGCUCAAGAUGACAGAUGAAGUAGAUUAUGAUACAGAAGCCUAUGCACGCCAGCUGGACGCAUUGCUGGCCAGUAAGAUUGAAGCGUACACUGCUCUGAGAGAACAACUGACGGCAUUCCGACAGGAAUUGAAGGAAGAGGAAUCGCUAAGCCGGAAGAUCAAACGUCAUCCGAGACGAAACUGAUCUUCUGUUGUGAAAAAAAAAAAAAAAGGAAGGAAAAGUAGAAAUAACUAUUUAUUUUGCAUUGAUAUGUGAGGCUGUGGCUAAGUGCUAAACAGCCGUGGCUGUGUUCAUGAGGUGAUAAGUCAUGGAAACUGACAUCUGAUAUUAAUAUGUCUUGCCCACCAAUUUUAAAAAAAAAACAAAAAAAAAAAACACUCCAGUGUAAGACCUGAUUUUUUCAGAAGGUAGCAGACUGAUGUUCUGUUAUUGUUUAUAUCUGUGUUGAUUUCGUGCUAAACAUUUUGUGAAGGGCCCAUACACAAGGGCACAGGGAAUUGAUUACUUACUGUGCUGGGUGUGACACCAGUAUUAUAAAGCAGGUGACUGGACAGUAGAGGUCAUAUCACAGUUAAGUGAGGGGGGAAGUCUCCACGGCUUGAUAUCUUUAGGGGGGAAGCGCACUAUUGUGUGUUCUUAUAUGUGAAGGUAAAUCCCAAAAGUUUGUUACCUCCUGGAGAAUAUGCACUAUUGUGUGUGAAAGGGAAUCUCCAAGGCUUGAUAUCUCUGUGGGGAAAGUACACUAUUGUAUGUGAAAGGGAAUCCCCAAAGCCUGUUUUCUUCAGAAGAAAUCCCAAAACUUGAUAUCUCUCGAGGAAUUUGCAUGAUUGUGCAUUAAGGGGAAUCCCCAAGUCUUGAUAUCUCUGAGGGGAAAGUGCACUAUUGUGUGUGAAGGGGAAAUCCCCAAGCUUGAUAUCUCACUGAGAAGUGCCAACUGAAGCCGAGUUCCAGUCAUCCUUUGUCUUGAUGAAAAAUUGUACUAUAUUACAGUUACAGGUUGUCAGUGUCUUCAGACAAUGGUUGUAGAGUAGACAUAUGGUUAUGCUGGUAAUUAUUAGACCAAGCACAAGAUUUUCCUGAACGACUUAGCACAUCGCUUUUCUGCAAACUUAAUGUUUCCGAUGGUAAAGUGCAAGCCUCACUUUUUAUAGGGAACAAGAGACAUGGCAGGCAGACCGACACGACUGUUUAGUAUGUUAUCUGUUGUGUUAUUAAGCCUGAUGUUGUUUCCUGAAACUGUUCGCAGAAGUACCAAACCAUCGUACAAUUUUUUUUUUUUUUUGAUUUUUUAAUCAGGGCAUGCUUUAAUUUUUUUAAUGCCCUCGAGAUUUACUUACUUGCAUCAGUGGUAUCAAGUUUUAUUACUUAUCUUUUAUUGCGUGACUUCCAUCAUAGAAUUCUGAGGUUCAUGAUUUUCAAAACAUAAAUGUGAGGAGAGGAGGUUGCCAGUUUUAUUGUUUGUUAUUUCCGCAUAUGAAAGAAUUCCAGCCCACAUGUACAAGAAUUGUCUUCUGAAAGUGCUGUAGAUUUAUU